AUGCCAGUGUGGCUCGGCCAGCGAGACGCGCCAAGGCCAUCAUCCGCCGCUGCCGACUUUGUACUGGCCACCCUGCUGCCCCCUUGCGCCGUCGAUUGCGUGACGCCGACGUGCUCCAUUGCCGACCUCGCCUGCAUCUGCCGCGCCGGCUACUACGGCGUCGACGAGGCGAGGAGCAGAUGCGUUAUCGCCGCGUGCGGCUUCGCGGAAUCACUAUCUGCCCGGAACCGCACGGCGACGGCAUGCGGCGCCCCCGUCCGAGACGAAUCGGCCCGCCUCACCGUCAUGGUGGCCUCCGUCUUCUCCCUCACGGCCGUCUUCGUCGCCCUGCGCCUCACCUUUAAGCUGUUCUUCAGCGCCCAGCGCCGCCUCAGCAUCGACGACUGUUUCAUCGUGCUCGCGUCGCUCGUGGGCAUCUCUUGCUUCAGCGUCUUGCUCGCCGGCCUCAACGUCCACGGCCUCGGCCGCGAUUCCUGGGCCCUGCCGCCCGGCGAAGUGGCCAUCUUUGCCCUCUACUUUUACGUCGUCGAGAUUCUCUACCUCACCCUCAUUACCCUCGUCCGCCUGACGUUUACCUUCUUCUACCUCGAAAUCUUCUCCAGCAGGGGCGUCCGCAUUCUUCUCUGGGCCACCGUCGCCUUCCAUGUGGCCUCCGGCCUCACUUUUGUGGCAAAGGCCAUCUUCCAGUGCUUUCCCGUCAGUUACAGCUGGACACGCUUUGAUGACCGCGUGAACCAUCAACAACACGGCCGUUGCCUCCAGGUCUACGCGUCGAGCUGGGCGAACGCAGCGCUGAGCGUUGCCGCUGAUCUCUGGCUUCUGGCCAUUCCGCUGACCCAGCUGAAGAGGCUGAACCUCCAUUGGAAGAAGAAGGUCGCCGCCACCUUGAUGUUUCUGGCGGGCGCAAUCGGCACCAUCAUCUCUGUCCUGCGCCUCCGCUCCAUCAUUCACUUUGCAAAGUCGACCAACCCGACCCGGGAUCAGUUCGGCAUCGUGUGGUGGUCCUCGAUCGAGGUCCUCGUCGGAAUGAUGUGCACCUGUCUGCCCGCGCUCCGCCUCAUCCUCGUGCGCAUGUGGCCGCGCAUAUUCGGCGUCGGCUCUCACCAGCGAUCAAAUCUCAACUUGAGACGGGACUUUGCAAGACGAACACAGCAGCAUCCUACGGAGCCCAUGGUGACCAUCAUCUCGAGGCGCAAGAGAUGGAGCGCCAAGAGAGCUCGCGCGAGUUGCGUCCGGUGGAAAACAGAAUAA